CUCUCGAAUUUCACACUUCUUCCUUCGUCACCGUGUGCUGGUCGGGCCCGCUCUGCUUACCGCUGGGAAUGAGGGACUCAGUGCUCGUUGAUCCACGCCCUGAAAAAGGAUGCAUACUAGUCAGCAGGGCGACAGACCUGCAUCGGGCCAAGUCUCAAUGAUGGGAACAUAGGUAUGUCACCUUGACGACGAGUAAGUCAAAGUAGUACAUCCUCGCGAUGAGUCGGCUUGACCUGCCAAACCCCGCGUUUCGACAUUUGCUCCCUUGAGCAUAUUCCAGCAUCGUGAAGGUAUAAAAGUCGCCCCCAGGCACCCUCCAAAAAUGGUAAGCACUUCGCAUGACCCAUGGAGAGCACUUCGAGCAUUCUCAUCGUCGGAGGCGGCGCUUUCGGCACAUCUACCGCCUAUCACCUUGCCCAACGCGGCUACAGCAACGUCAAAGUGCUCGAUCGUUUCGAGCCGCCGUCCAAAGAUGCUGCCGCAACAGAUCUCAACAAGGUCAUUCGAUACGACUAUCCCAACCCACUGUAUACCAGGCUCGCUCUGGAGGCCAUGGCGGAGUGGAAAGGCGAGCAUGGUCUGCUCUCCGGUCUCUUUAGACCUACUGGCUGGAUUAUGGCGGCGCAAGAGAUGACGCAGUCGUUCCUUCAAUCUUCAUACGAGUCGAGUGUGGCGAGCGGGAGCAGAGACGUCAAGUUUCUAACUGCAGCGGAGACAAAAGGACAGUUUCCCGAACUCACGGGCUGCAUGGAUGGUUGGACGAAUCUGUGGAGCCCGGAAGCUGGAUGGGUGCCAUCCGGGGAAGCUCUGCUGCGCAUGGCAACAGCAGCCCGAGCCAUGGGCGUCGAAUACAUCACAGGGAACAAGGGUUGGGCGCAGAGGCUUCUGUACGAUGCAGCGGGCGCCUGCAUUGGAGUGCUCUCCAAGAGCGGUGACGUGCAUCUCUCGUCCAUCAUCGUCCUUUGCACAGGAGCAAACACCGCCGCUCUGGUCGAUGCGAGUGCCGAGAUCGUGGCACGCUCACACUGCGUGGGCGCGAUUCAGCUCACGGCGGACGAAGUGCAGAAGUACCGCAGGCUGCCAAUCGUGGACAAUUUCGAGCAAGGCAUCCUAUUUCCACCCGAUGAGAACGGACUGCUCAAACUAUGCAGCUGUCGCUUCAUCACUAACUAUUACAACUCUCACACCCCCGGCGCCUCUCUAGGCCACUCACAUCAAGACUUCCCCGAAGACGGCGUACUACGCCGAAUCGAAGAGGAAAUGAGGGAAUUCGUCCGCGACUUGAUCCCGGAGCUCGCAAAUCGGCCGUGGGCAAUGACUCGCAUGUGCUGGGACGGCGAUACGCGCGACGUCAACUUCCGCAUCUGUCCGUCCCCGACGAACGCCAACCUCUUCAUCGCCACCGCCGGGUCGGGACACGGUUUCAAAUUCCUCCCGACGAUUGGAGGAUAUGUGGUGGAUAUGCUGCAGGGGAAGCUGGCGCCGGAAUACACUGAGCUGUGGAGGUGGAGGUUUGGUGCUGUGCCCGUUAAGACUGGCGAGGAGCCUCAUCCUUGGCCAGUACGAGACCUGGGGGAAUUGGACGGGUGGAAGGGGCGGAACAAGCGCUUUUUGGUGGAUCCAGUUGGCAAUCGGUAGCAGGCUGUCCGUGCUUAGGUAUUGAAGUAGGGAAAUCGAUUGAAUGCAUGGGUAUGCGCAACGUUGAUCCCGGUCGGCGUCCAAAUCUCAUGACAUAGUCGGCGUCCGUAUUCACCGAUGA